AUGAACCUCUUGUCAUUUGAGUCCAUCUGCAUUUUCCUGCUUUCCCAAGCUUUGCUGGUGUUGGGUAUACAACAAAUCCACGUUGGCCAGGAGAUGAUUGGCAAGAUCUCAGCUGCUGGCCAGUUGAUGCAGUGCUCUGCCUCAUUGGAUGUCCUUUUCCUCCUGGAUGGCUCCUACAGCAUUGGCAGAGGAACCUUUGAAAGGUCCAAGCACUUUGCAGGCAAGCUCUGUGAUGCCUUGGACAUCCAUCCAGACAGAGUCCGUGUGGGAAUGAUACAGUUUAGCUCAACUCCCCACCUUGAAUUCCCACUGGAUUCUUAUCUAACCAAACAAGAAGUGAAAGAGAGAAUCAAGAGGACUGUGUUCAGAGGUGGGAGCACAGAGAUCGGUCGGGCUCUGAAGUACAUUCUUCACAAGGGUUUCCCUGGUGGCAGAAAUGCAAGUGUCCCUGAAGUCCUGAUCAUCAUUUCGGAUGGAAAGUCCCAGGGCAGCACUGCAAUGCCUGCAAUGCAGGUGAAGGAGAGACACAUCACAGUUUUUGCAGUGGGAAUCAAGUUUCCAAGGUGGGAGGAGCUGCACGUGCUGGCCAGCGAGCCCCCUGAGCGGCACCUGCUCUUUGCUGGAGAUGCUGAUGACGCUGCCAAUGGCCUGUACAGCACCUUGAGUGACCCUGUCUGCACUGCCACUGCUCCAGGCUGCAAAGUUGAGUCCCAUCCUUGUGAGCGCAGGACCCUGGAGACUGUGAAAGAGCUGGCUGGCAGCUACGUGUGUUGGAGAGGCUCAAAGCAGCCCAAUGCUGUACAAGCUUCACUGUGCCCUUUCAUCAGGUGGAAACGAGUCUUGAUAAAACACCCAUCCAGCUGCUUCCGAACUGUAUGUCCAGACCCUUGUGACUCCCAGCCAUGCCAGAAUGGUGGCACAUGUGUCCCAGAGGGACUGGACAGAUACCACUGCCUCUGCCUGCUGGGGUAUGGAGGAGACAUCCACUGUGCAGCGAAGCUGAGCCUGGAGUGUAGUGUGGAUCUCCUUUUCCUGGUGGACAGCUCAGCAGGGGUCACACUGGAAGGGUUCCUGCGCUUCAAGGCUUUCCUCAAGAGAUUCCUCCAAGCUGUGGUGGGCCAGGACUCGCCGAUGAGCGUGGGGGUGGCCCAAUACGAUGAUGAUGUCAAGAUACCCAUUGAGCUGAGCCAACACAAGGACACAUUUAAUCUCAUGAAGAGUAUUGAUGCCUUGAAUUUCAGUGGAGGAAGAACCCUGACAGGAAGAGCCCUACAGUACAUUGCACAGCACGGUUUUAGGAGUACCCCAGUCUUUGCAGAUGUGCAGGAUGAUCUCCCACAUGUGGUUGUCCUGCUUACUGACUCCAAGUCUCAGGAUUCAGUGGCAGAAGCUGCUAAGUAUGCAAAGGACCAAAAUCUCUUCUUGAUUGGCAUAGGCAGCAGCUUCAUGGGAGCAGAGCUGACCACAGUGACUGGCAAUCCACAGCAGACCAUUGUCUACUCGGACCCUCAGGACCUGUUCAACAGGAUGCCAGAGCUGCAGAGAAAAAUCUGCAGUGUGGGCAAUCCUGAAGGCUGCCAGGCUCAGUCUCUUGAUUUGGCAUUUGCUGUGGAUGCCUCAUCUGGAGUUGGCCUGGAGAACUUUCUGCGUCUGAGGUGCUUUGUCAGGAGCAGCUGUUUGCACUUCGUCAUCAACCGGGAUGUCACCCAAAUUGCCCUGGUGAUCUAUGGCAGCACAGCUCACACUGUGUUUGCUUUGGACACCCACACAAGCACCUCUGCUGUUCUCCAGGCCAUCGACCAGGUGCCUUUCCUUGGGGACUCAGCUUCUGCUGGCAGUGCCUUGCUGCAUGUUUACAGCGAUGUAAUGACCGUGCAGAAGGGAGCAAGACCUGGUGUCAACAAGGUGGUGGUGCUGCUCACCAAUGGAGGUGGCAUGCAGGAUGCAGCUGCCCAGGCCCAGCAGCUGAGGCACAAUGGCAUCUUGGUGUUCGUGGUCGUCAUUGGGGACACAGAGAGGGACACGCUGCUGAGAGUUGCUGGGUCUCCCACCUACCUGGUCCACAUCUCCUCCUAUGAGGACCUGCAGUAUUACCAAGGCCUUAUCAUUGAAAGGAUAUGUGAAGAAGCAAGAAGCCCCGUGAACCUGUGCAAGCCCAACCCCUGCAUGAACCAGGGUGUGUGCAUCCUUGGGCCAGGGAGCUACCGCUGCGAGUGCCACGGCUGGGAAGGGCCCCACUGUGAGACCAGUAAGGGUCAGCAGCCCCUCCCAACUGAUCCCACAUCUCCACCCCUCCCUGAAGCAGAGAAGUGGUUGUAA